GUCAUCGGAUAGACUCGACGUGGAACGGUCGAACGUUGGUGUUUGUUAGUAAUAGGGGGGAACGUGGCAUCCACGACUGAAGUCACUAUUUGUUCCUUCACUUUAUAAUAAGUGUAAACAUUUUCCUUGUGUUUGUAUCAAUAAAAUAUUUAAAGAACGAAUUAAACCCAAGCAAAUCAGUCUAAAAGCAACGGUACGCAUUCGUUCAUACUAUAUAUUAGUAGAUAUGUGCGUGUUAAAAAACGUACGGUAGUAUUCGUAGAAAAAAGCUAAGUGAAUAAGAAAAUCAAAGAUAUUUGAAUGCUGGUGUUUCGGGUUCGGCCAACAUAACGCGGAUUUUAUUAUAGUUAACUGCGAAACUGAAAACGGGAAAGUAAUGCAAUAAAGUCAAUUCUCUCAAAAUAUAUAGAGUUAAAAUAUGGAAAAUUGUAAGAAGUUGAAUUGAAAAAAGCACAAGCAGAAGGAGAAGAAGAAAAAAGUGUGAAAUUUGAGUGUGCAUUUGUGUGUGUGUGCGUGUAUAAUAUUUGUGCUUUAAAUAUAUGUAUGUAUGGGGGCGAGUAUCUAUGCGCAUGUAAGUGUAUGCGGAAAGUGAAUAGAAGAAGAAUUGUGAAAAACAGGUUUCUUAGUAGUGGCAGCGGUUGUAAGUAGAAGCAGCUAGGCAACAUCAACCAAAUCAACGAAUUGAGAAUACGAAAAGUGGAACCAACAACAACAAAACCAAAUAAAACAAUAAAAACCUAGUAGAAUUCGCUGCAGCAGCUGAGAAAAGAAAUAGCAAUCGUAAUAAUAAAAAAUUUGAGAUACGCGUAGCUGUGUAAUAAUUUUUGAACGAAUUCAACACAUGCCACACAUACAUAUACAUACAUAUGUGUAUAUACAUAUUGUAUGAAUACUCUAUGAUAUUUCUCCUGUGAUAUUUAAUCAAAAUUUUUGUUUCCUAAAAGAAUUGAAAAUUGCAAAUAUUUAAACGCAUACAACAACUAUACAACAACUACUACAUUGACGCUCAUAAAAAAGUGUUGCUUAAUAUUUUUGGUUUUAAUUCUGACAUGUGUUUGGCGUGUUCGAAACGGGAAUGUUACCAAAUACACUCGUUGUAAUCUACUGCCAACAACCGACGCAAGAACAACGUCCAGCCGAUAACAGUAUCAUCAUCAGAAGCACCAAUUACAGCAACAGCUACAUUAACAGCAUCAGCACCAGCAACAGCAACAGCAACGACAUUGGCAAUUGCCAGCACCACAACGUGAACGACAUCAACAACGUGAACGGCCACGCCUCAAUCAAAUAUGAAAAUUGUGCUGGUCAAGUGUGUCGUGUUUGUGGUUGCAUUUUGAGUGUGUUAACGUCGUUAGCAAGUCUGCAACAAGCGUCAUUCACGCAUCCCGUUAACGUUUCAGUAGUCCAGCAAUCGCAACGAAUAGAACAACAAAAGCGACAGCUAAGGAAACAAAUACAAAAAUAUAUACAGAAACAACAAGUCUGUAGAACUCUUACGAAACAAGCAACGCAAGCAAUAACGUUCCCGUUGUGGUCGCACUUCCGCCAGUUGCACGUACACGUAGUCCAAGCAUUGAGGGCUAUUGAACUGUAUGCGAAGCAGAAGUAUUGGAAACGGAAAUUUGAAAACAUAAUUCGAAAAUAUGAAUUUAAUUAUUGUCGCCAUUGUGCUACUAAUGGCCCACAAGGAAUACAUGGCAAGUCCAACACCAUUAAAAUUACCAGGACACACACAAAAGCUCUCACCAUACAUACGCCAUUGGGAGACAGCGGAUUUCGAUCGUUCAUAUUUGCACUCGGCACAUCAAAAGCACAUCGAACAGAAACGUCAUCGGCGAAAAAGAGAACUGAAUUCGGACGAAUUCGGACCAGUGCAUACAAUCAGACUGAAUUUCUUUGCUCAUGACAGAGAAUUCCGCAUGGUUCUACAUCAGAAUCCACUGUCAGUAUUUUCUAGUGACGUAGAAAUCGAAAGUACGCAUGGUCCGGUGGAUUACGAUAUUUCAAGAAUAUACACCGGCUCGUUGGAAGGUGAUGCGAAUUCCCAUGUGCACGCCAUUCUAACCAGCGAUAACCUACUCGAUGGCACCAUUGAAACAGUCGGUGAGCACUAUUAUGUGGAACCAGCGAAUCGCUAUUCCCGCGAACUGCCCGCAGCGGGUGUGCACAGUGUCAUUUACAAAGUCAGCGAUGUGCAAAUGCGCAAGUCUGCAGCGGCGGAACACUGCGCAAGCGAACGACUGCGCCGUGAUAUGCUGCUGAACGAUCUGAAGCGACGGAAAGCGGCCACGGUCGAAGCGGAAGCACCAAAAUCAAUAGAGCGUCACAAGCGCUGGCUGCCGGAUGAGUUGGCCACUUCCACUGAUGACCAUCAAAAUCCGCCACUGCCAUUGGACUUGGAUGUGCCGUAUAAUGAUGACUUCAGUAUAUUCUCGGGUGGAGGUACACGUAGUCGAAAUAGUGAAAGAGAUCGAGAGAGGAAACCCAAUCGGGAUGAGGAAGAGAUCACUACAAUGAAAAUGGUGACGAGCAAUAAUAACAAUAACUACGAUUACAAUUACAACAGGGAACAGCAACGACAUAAAUUUCAGCAAUCGACGACAACAACAACGUGGCGCAAUGCAGCUGCAGUCGAAAAAGAUACAACCGACAGAUAUGGGGGCUUGCUUCGAAAUGCGAACAAUGCAAACAACGCAAACAAUAACAACAGCAACAGUAACAGUAACUCGUAUGCUCCGUCCCUCAUUGUAGCGAAUUCGUCCACCACUGGCGGCGUACAAAAUCGAAAUAUCAUUGUGAAUAGUUAUAAUCCGAGCAACAGUAAUACUAAUUACAACAAUAAUAAUAACAAUAACAAUGGCUUACGUAAAACCUAUGCAAAGCACAAGAAUAUCAUUGUUAGCACUUACAAUAAUAAAAACGUCAAUAAUAAUAAUAACAACAACAAUAGCAACAAUCGUUCAUAUCCCUACGAUUUUGUCAUAAACAGUGGCAGCAAUAACAAUAAUGGCGCCAAUUACAACGACAACAAUAAUCGUUUCGAUACUAACAACUUCUUCCAUGCCAAUUGGUCAACAAUGUUCACCAACAACAACGAUCGCCCUAGCCAUAAGACGCACGUCGAAAUUAUAACGAAAAAUGGCGCCACCAAAAAACCCAACAUUAUUGUGAACAAUUAUAAUCCAGACAUUAUGUUAGUGCCAAAUCCACAAAAUCCACACUUCAACAGCAUGUUGAUGACAAAUUUAUUGAGUGGGCGCGGUCGCGAUUCUGCGUACGAGACAAACUCAAUAGAUAGUGGGCGUUCGCUGUACGAUCGUAAAAUCACUUGUAUGCUUUAUUUACAAGCCGAUCACACAUUCUUUCAGAAGAUGGGCUCCGACGAGGCCAGCAUUGAAGCGAUCACGCGACAUGUGCAGCGUGCCAACUCCAUUUAUAAAAACACAGAUUUCAACAAUGAUGGCAAGCCUGAUAACAUAACAUUUAUGAUUAAGCGUAUCAAGGUGCACAAUAUGAAUGCGGUCAGGGAUCCCAGUUAUCGAUUUCCGGGCAAUUAUGGCGUGGAAAAGUUUCUAGAACUAUUUUCAGAGGAAGAUUACGAUGCAUUUUGUCUGGCAUAUAUGUUUACAUAUCGAGACUUCGAGAUGGGAACCUUGGGUUUGGCUUGGACUGGUGACCUGAAAAAUGCCGGUGGCGUUUGCGAGAAAAAUGGACACUAUCGGGGUUCUUUGAAGUCACUGAAUACCGGCAUUGUGACACUAUUGAAUUAUGGUAAACAUGUUCCUCCAGCUGUAUCGCAUGUGACGUUAGCACAUGAAAUUGGACAUAACUUUGGAUCACCGCACGAUCCGGAGCAAUGUACACCCGGUGGUGAGGAUGGUAAUUUUAUUAUGUUUGCGCGCGCCACAUCGGGUGAUAAAAAGAACAACAACAAAUUCUCCCCAUGCUCACUUAAAUCAAUAGAGCCAGUGCUAAAUGCAAAAGCACGUAGCGCCAAAGGCUGUUUCACCGAGCCGCAGGUAUCCAUUUGUGGUAAUGGUGUUGUCGAGCCUGGCGAACAGUGCGAUUGCGGUUGGGAGGAAGAUUGCAAGGAUAAAUGCUGCUUUCCGAUGUCGCGCCAUCCGCGCAUUGACGAAAAGCCAUGCACACUAACCCCACGCGCCAUGUGCAGUCCAUCACAAGGGCCAUGCUGUACGGGUGAUUGCAAAUUGAAAUUCGGCGAUAAGUGUCGCGAUGACAACGGCUGUCGAGACCCAAGCUUCUGUGAUGGCCGUACACCGCAGUGUCCACCGUCGGUGAAUAAGCCAAACAAGACCAUUUGCAACAAGGAAUUCGUUUGUUAUAUGGGCGAAUGCACGGGCAGUAUUUGUUUGGCCUAUGGCCUGGAGUCGUGCCAGUGUAUACCGGGUCCAACUGAUGACAAAAUCAAAUCGUGCGAAUUAUGUUGCAAGCUGCCUGGUGAAGGAAAUGCCUGUCGCAGUUCGUUUGAAUGGAAUGAGCCACCAUUCGAUGUGCCGGACAUGUACGCAAAACCGGGUACACCAUGCAAUGAUUACAAUGGAUAUUGUGACGUAUUCCAGAAAUGUCGCGAAGUCGAUCCGUCAGGACCUUUGGCCACCCUACGCAAACUAUUGUUGUCAGAGGAGAGUAUAGCAACAUUCAAGAAAUGGGUACAACACAAUUGGUAUACUGUCGUCUUAGCGGCAUUGGGCGUAUUUGUAUUAUUGAUACUCAGCACGAAGUUGCUGGCGAAGCGCUCGAAUCUGAAACUAAAAUCGGUGACCAUCAUACACAGCGCCACCACAGAAACCGUGCGUCUACCCGACGACAACAACGGCGUUAUCGUGCAUACGGCCGUCCGUACAAAAGUUCCGUUCAAGAAAAAAGUGCGUGGCGAGCGCAGCAACAAAAGCAAGAGCGCCCACAGGAGCGGCAGUAGUGGAAACAUAGGCGCUGGCAAAACGAAAAGCAGUGGUGGAAAGCUACCCACCAAACCGGGAGAGUUGGCUGCGAAAUCAACGCACGCGCAAAACCGCAAUGGAAAGCUGAGCAGCGUCGCAGCAGCAGCUGCGGUGGCAUCGGCAGGUGAAGUAUCCAAACCAUCGCGUACCAAGAAAAAUCGCGUUGGUAGUGGUGGUGGUGGCACGACUACGGCAAACAAUACAACCGUGCCUCCAGCGCUAAACACGUCCGUGGCUGUCACUAGCAGUGCCACAAAAAUUGAGAACGAAGCGAAGUCAAAGAUCAAACGCUUCAAGAAGCAUAACAAAGAAAUCAUUGACUAUUCAUCACGCGGUGGACAGGAUGCGGCGAGUGUCAGUGGUAACGCGCAUACCAAUACAUUUGGUAAAGUGCAAAAGUGGCUGCUCGAGUCGCCGAUUGUUGUACAACCGUUAUCGCACAUAGAGCACUCUUCUAAAAUGCGAAAAGUGAUGAGUAAAUCACAGUCCACACCCGAGCGACUGGUACAGAAGUCGCCGCAAAAGUCUAAGUCGGUAACGAAUCUUGUCAAUGACAAAGUCAAACUGCAAGUAGUCUAUAAGCCGCCUUUCAAAUUUGCAUUACGACUUUCCAAGAAUUCCAAAGUUAAAACGCAUGUAAUUGGCGGCGCAGUGAAUAAACUUAAGAGGCAGCCGCGCACGGGCGCAGCUGCGAAUGUCGUUGAUGGCAAACGCAAGAGCAGCAAUCAAAAUAGUGAAGGUAGCAAAAACUCUGGGAGCGGCGGUGUAGAAGAGGUCAAAUGUAAGCGGAUCGCGCUACUACUCCGCAACAAUAACGAAGACAAUCAAAUAUUAACCUUAAAUGAACCGACCUAUGAAACGCUGAAUCCAAAAACCAUGCUCUCCAAAAUGGAGAAUCCCUUCUACGAGAAUUUACAAUGCAACACAAAAACUGGCGAAAUGCGCACAACCAAUGACUCUAUAGCAACGGGCAACGGCGUUUUUUCGGCAUCUAGCGCAAUUGGUUCAAAUAAAACUAGUUCGAGUGGUAGUAGUAGUAAAAUGGUCUCUGAUACACAUGCAGCUGCAGCUAUUGGAAGUGCGUUACAAAAACAACGACCACACAAUUACAACCGAUCCAAUUCAUUUUCAACAAACAAUCCAUUUGCGCCCAGUCAUAUCACUCCCAGCGCGCGUAAACUGAGCGAAAGUAAUAGCGCGCAACAGCAAGCGACACCUGAUGCUAAUUUAGGGCGCAAUUUUGGCAGUACACAAAAUCUCGGUCAGGCGGCACAUCAUCAAAAUCACCUAGCCAAAUCGAAGAAGCGCAGCAGUUUGAAUCUGAAGUUAAAUAGCGCCUCAAAGAACAUUAAAGAUCCACCUGUAACAGCGCGGCGCAGCAAUUCGAAUAUUAAUUUACGCAGCAAUACUUCAGCCAGCACAUAUCAGCCAAGUACCUUUUCGAAUGACGCACAAAAUUUCAUAGCAACCACAACCACUAACACAGCCACUUCCACAUAUGUCAGCAGCAAUGGUGCCAACGCGACAGUUACGACUGUUGCGAACGCAUCCACAGACCGCCAGUUGCGUCGUAGCUCCAGCAGCACCGCCAACCAUCAUCACCAACAUCAGCAACCAAAAUCUACGAGCCAAGUGUUGAGUAAUGCACCAAAUGCCAACCACGCGUUGCCGACAACUGCUUUUGCGGCGGCUCUGCCUACCGCACGCACCAGCUUCAGCAAUAUACCACGCGCCAGUCUAUGUGCUGCGGCGACCAACAACGGCACCAACGCCAAUGCCGGCACUAACGCUGGCAGUUUUAGUUUUAGUAGAGUAACAGAUGUGGACCAACUAGUCGCCGGCAGUCAAUCGAGUCAUAGCAGUCAAGGUAGUCAUACAAGCCACCCCAGCCACAGUAGCCAACAUGCACCAGCACGCCAUGAGCACCGACGUAGUCGUAGCAGCGCACAUUCUACUACAGCACCGUCACUAGCCGCCACUGCCAAUUCAAAUGCCACCGCCCCUCCAGAACAACAGAAACGUUCCAACUCCAUAAGACAGCUGCAACAUAACUAUCAUCCACCGCCGUUGCCGACAAUUGCGACGCCCAACAACGGUGGUCAGGGACGUAUUGAGGGCGAGCAUGAGCUGCCAUCUGACUUGGAGGUACUAUUGUCUGACGUGGAAAAUUUAGUUAGUUAAGGGUUAAUAGUUGUAAGGGUAAGGGAAGCAGAGAAUUAUUAUAGAAAAAAAUUAAUUAGUAUGUACUUCAAAAUGGAUUAGGAUCUAUUCUGGGUAAGUUUGAAAAGCACAUUUGUGCAAUACUUGCAGUUUACUUUAUUUUCUUUCGCUGACUUUAAACUAUAACUAUUUCAUACACAGCACUAAUAAGAGUUUUUAUACUUUAAAUGCAUAAUUUCUUCGAGGGGUCAUUCAACGCCUAUUAAUUGGUAAGAUACAAGCUGAGACUCAUUCCAUUUUAAAAACUAUUCUACAAUAUUUCCACUGGUUGUCUACCGGAGAUCGCCUUAAGACUCCAUUAGAGCUAAUCAGGCCCGUAUUUUCAGACUUUUACCUUCAAUGGAAUUAUCGGACUAUUCACUCCUGUCUUGGCCAGCAAAGCGUCUUAUCAGCUUGCAAAACAAUCAGAGUCGUCUAUAAAUAGUUCAUAGUGAAGGAACCCUCCAAUGAUGAUACCAUAUAUAAUGGAAAUUUUUAUGCAAAUAUUUCUCUUAGUCUGAAAAAACCCAGCAAAGCCUAUUAACAGGUCUCCACUAACAAUUUUCUUUCUGCAGGGGCUCCAAGUGUAUCAGAUUGGCAAAAGUAGAGCGCUUGUUUUCCAACGAGAUAUUCUACCAAGAAGCUAACACAACUUUAUAACCAAUAGCUUCAAGAACGUUAAAGGAAAAUGAAGACAUGAGGUAGUCAAAUGGGCUCCUUCUCACCACCGCCCGAAGUAGUCUCGAUCAAAUUCAUGGACUUUUUAUCUCAAAAAGAUCCAAAUAGUGUUUCAUCUUUCUAGGUCUGCCUUCAUAAAACGGUUAACUAUUAGCAUAUGCAUACCCAUUUUCAAAUCAUUUAAGUGGCAAUCCGGACCCACUGCGUCAUUUUGGGAAAGGAUGAUAAUCAAACUUGUAAAAACUUUCGUAAUGACUUGCAUUUUUUACAUAUGAUAUUUUGCAUGUAUGUAGUUGUAUACACACGGAGCUUAGUACUCAAUGUCCCGCGGAGGCAAAUAUGACAGUACCAGGUUAAUACGAGUACUCAAUUUAAGUACCAAAAACGGCUUAAAAGUAGAAAAAAAACUGGUUAUUUCAUUUAAUCCAAGUAGAUGACCGAUAAAUUCUGUUGAGCUUUUCUUAAGUCCAAUCAAGGAUCAUAACUUCUUCCUUCUCCCUUUGAGAUGGGAUUUCCUUAUUUUUCUACUCAUCCUUCUUAUGGGUACCGUGAGUAUUGUAUACAAAAUAUUUUUCCUCCUGACAGUUUGUGCUAAACUUGAGCUUAUAAUUAGCUCAGUUCUAAUCAGUGAUCCACAGAUCGAACUCCCUAUGAAGGUAUUAACGGCAGAUUGAACUAUCGCUAUUCCGCAUGACGAUUCCUGUACUAACUGUAGAGGUGAAGUGUAGACUGAGGGCAAUAUUAUACUGUUUGAUCAAAAAGUUGGCGGGAUAUAUUCAAAAAAUUUUAAAUACUUCAUGUUAUCGCCUUCAAAGUACUCCAGUUCAACUGUCCAGAUUGCGUUUUUGGUACCCAUAAACUUACGUCUCGUCUCCAGUAAUGAUGUGUAUCAUGAAUCUUUGGGUUUGGGAUUCAGCCUUGGAAAUCAUAUCUUUGGCGAUUAUUAAUCAUUAAUUAUAUAUAUAUAUAUAUAAUUGGCGCGUACACUUCUGUUAGGUGUUUGGCCGAGCUCCUCCACCGAUUUGUGGUGUGCGUCUUGAUGUUGUUCCACAAAUGGAGGGACCUACAGUUUCAAGCCGACUCCGAACGGCAGAUAUAUAUUUUUAUGAGGAGCUUUUUCAUGACAGAAUUACACUCGGAGGUUUGCCAUUGCCUACCGAGGGGCGACCGCUAUUAGAAAAAUGUUUUUAUUACUUUUGCUUUCCCCGAGAUUCGAACCAACGACCUCUCUGUGAAUUCCGAAUGGUAAUCACGCACCAACCCAUUCGGCUACGGCGGCCGUAAUUGUAAUCAUUAAUUACAAUGUCUUAAUUGAUCCAUAAGCAAUGUUCAAGUCCUCUGCCAGAACUCUUUUCUUUCACUUUAUUGAUCUUUUCAUCAGUUUUCGAUGUCGACGGCCUGACACUAUGUUCGUCAUCUUCGAUAGAUUCACGAUCUCUUCUGGAGCGUUCAUGCCACUCGUAAAAGGCUGUUUCUUUAGAUCAGCAAUACUGAAACAGUUUCCCAACAUUUGUAAGGUUUUCGCAUCUUUGAAUUAAUUUUUUCCAAAAAUUUAAUACAAGUUCAUUGUUACAAAUGCAAAUCCAUUUAUAAAACUGUAAAAAAUCGAAAACACUUGCAUAGGCAGAUUUACUUAAAGCGGCGUAACUUUUACAAAUGUCAAGCAAUUGCCGCAUCGGCAACCUAACACGAAAACUGGAACCCGAAUCAGUUAACUUAGAGCACCACCUGGCGCUUUUUCCGGGAACAUUUUGAUCAAGGUGGUAUAUAAUUGCACCUGUUGCUAUAACUUUUUUGUUAUCGACAAUAGCCCAGUGCAACUAAUAUAAAAUUUUGUUUAAUUAUAUUGCGAAAAACGCUUUACAGACUUCUGACUCCUAUUUGUGGUGUGCGUCUUGAUGUUGUUCCACAAAUGGUCGGACCUACUGUUUCAAGCCGAUUCCGAACGGCAGAUAUUUUUAUGAGGAGCUUUUUCAUGGCAGAAAUACACUCGGAGGUUUGCCAUUGCCUGCCGAGGGGCGACCGUUAUUAGAAAAAUAUUUUUUCUUAAUUUUUGAUGUUUCACCGAGAUUCGAACCUACGUUCUCUCUGUGAAUUCCGAAUGGUAGUCACGCACCAACCCAUUCGGCUACGGCGGCUUGAACUGUUUAGGUAAAUUAUACGAAGGGUGCCUUUUAUAUGUCGGGAUUAGAGAACAAAAACAAAUUUUAAUCAUCGGAAAUCACUUUAUUGUGUUUCAAAAUAUUCUCCAUGAAGAUCUAUACACUUUUGCAUGCGUUUGAACCAAUUGUCGAAGCACUUUUGCCACUCUGAAUGAGGUACCUCCAAAACAUGCAUUCUGAAUGCCGCAACCGCUUCUUCAGGUGUCGAAAAACGUUGACUUCUCAGUUUGUUUUUUCGUACGGGAAUAAAAAGAAGUCAUUCGGUGCCAAGUCAGGACUAUACGGCGGAUGACCCAUUAAUUUGAUGUUUUGGGUGCUCAAAAAUGCAGUUGUUUGAGCCGAUGUGUGAGAGCUCGCAUUGUCCUGGUGAAGAGUGAUCCGUCUUUGGCCAUUGGUGUUCCUAAUUUCUUGGAAGACAACUGGCAAACAAAUGGUUGUGUACCACUCAGAAUUUACUGUUCUGUGUUGUUCUAAUGGUACGGUUGCGACAUGUCCAGUUUUUCCGAAAAAACAGGCGGCCAUUUGCUUGGAAGUGCUUCGUGCGCGAACAACUUUUGUUUGAUUUGGCUCAUCUUGAAACACCCAUACAGUCGACUACUGUUUACUUUCGGGCUCAUACGCGUAAAUCCAUGAUUCAUCACCUGUCACGAUGUCAUAGACGUGUUUCGAAGCCCCGCGAUCGUAUUUUUUGAGCAUUUCCUUCGACCAAUCGACACGAGCCUUUUUUUGAACGAUUGACAAAUUGUGUGGGAUCCAACGCGAACAAAUUUUUUUGACAGUUAAAUGUUUAUGCAAUAUUGAGUGUAUGCUGGUCCCACUAAUGCCUAAGAUUGUCUCAAUCUCACGAUAGGUCACAUGACGAUCUUGCAAUAUCAGUUCGCGCACAGCAUCAAUGGUUUUCGGAACAACAACUGAUUUUCGGCGACCUUCUCGAAAUUCGUCUUGGAGUGAACUACGACCACGAUUGAAUUCACCAUACCAUCGAUAAACACUCGUCCUUGAUGGAGCUUCAUCGCCAAAAAAUGAAUUAAGUUCUUCCAUGCAAUGUUGCUGAGUUAAUCCACGUCGAAAGUUGUAAAAAAUAAUCGCACGAAAAUGUUCACGAUUUAAUUCCAUUUUUGGACCGAGAUGAAUCUUUUAAGUUACUGUAAACAACACAAAUAGCGCUGGUAUUUCAAAACAUUCUGAGUACGUAAAAGCCAAAAAAUGCCAAACUUUGCGAUACAGCUGUCAGUUGCCAGAUUGCAAUACCAGGGUUACCAAAUCCCGACAUAUACAAGGCACCCCUCGUAUUUUGAAUGACAGGUCAGUGUGGAUUCAAGUUAAAAAGAAUUAGCUUCACUCCCGUUGCAAAGAUUAAAGCAAGAUAGCAAAUUUUUUGCAAUAGCAGUCACCCCUCGGCAGGCAAUGGAAAACCUCCGAGUGCCUCUCUUCAAAACCAUCUACCCUUUGGAGGCACACACAAGAAGCACACGACCCAUAAUUAAUUAGAGGAUAAGAUCUGCCAAAUACCUAACAAAGGAGGUUGUACGUCUCAAUUAUACAACACCGUGUGCGCCUAAAAGUGUAUUUUCAUCUUCCGAUUUUGUUCCAAUGAAAUUUAAAAAAUAAGGGUAACUUUCUUUUUUUCGAGAACAAUGUUGCUUAAGGUUUUAUCGGUGAAGUCUAGAUUUUUUUUUUUUUUGUAAGGCAGUACUCAACUCAAGCCGACAGACUGGUCGAUGGCAGCCAAGCUGCACUCUCUGGCUUUUAGCGAAACUCGCAAUGCACUUGUCCGUCGAUAAUGUUUUCAUUACUACAUACUACAUACAUAUAAGUAUAUGAGCGAAAAAAAAUUAACUACAUAUAAAUAUUUUUGUGAUUGUAAUUUAUAUUUGCACUACAGUGAAUAUUAGUAUUGAUUAAGAGCAAAGAACAACAACUACUUGUAAUAAUUAGUUUAGUAAUUCUUUAAAGGUAUUUAAAAAUACUCAAGUACAUGCAUGCACUCAUAGAUUUACAAAAACAAAUCAAACAAACAAAAGUCAGACACACCACUUUUAAAGUAGAAUAUCAUUAUUUUUUUUCUUGCAUUUUAUUCAAAAUUUUAUUUAAAAAUUCAAAUAGUGAUUGUUUCUCUGUUGAUAUAAACUGAAAUUAUUCUGACUUAUGAAUCCUUGUGUCAAUUAAAAUUAACUGUGUGAAAAUAUGUAAUGCAAAAUAUGUAAUCAAUAAAUUUAAGCGCAGCAGAGAAAGAUGUGUAUAAGUAUGUACUUGUUAGUUCUAAGUACUUUUUAAUUGUGUUGUGUGUGUACUAUGUAUAUGUAUUGUAUAUGUUAAUAUAAAAAUGUGAGAAGAAAAUGUUUUAGCAAACAUUUCAUUUAAGGCCACGCAACAAAAAUCCAAUUCAAUGUUAUUAUUGUAUGUAAAUUAUUGCAAAUAAUUUGUAAAUAUCUACAAGUGAAAUGUAUUUUUAGAAAAUCUCGACGACGAAUAUGUCCUAAUCAUUUUGUGUCUGUGAAACAUUUUAAAUAAAAUGCUAAUUAUUAUUACAAAAACCAUUAAACAUUAAACAUACAGAUAUGUAGUUAAACUGAAUUAACACAAAAUAAAUUAGUUUAAUGUGAAGAAGCUAACUAACAUGCAUGUAAAAUAACUAAAACAAAAAAAAACAAAACAAAAGCAAACACAGAAUAAGUAAUAUGUAAGGUAAACUCUUAAUAAACAAAAAUUACAACAAAAUAAAAAUAUGAAUAAAUUCAAAAUGAAACUAUGUAAAUGUUGCCGCCUACCAUUUCCACACUAAAGAAACAGUUAAUCGUUGUAUAGGAGCUACACGCGUACAUACUAAACAUAUGUACACAAAUGGCCCAUGCUUUUCAAGUAAAGAUGUACUAAAGGAGUAACGGGGUUUUUCAAUAGGGCAUAACAAUUUUAUUUCAUAUUUGAAGGCUUAAGGUUGAAUUAGAGGUGCCAUAACCAUAACCACAUAGAUCUGCUGAUCGAACCAACCUAUGGGUAAUACUGUAAUCGACUAGAGGUGGCAUGGCAUAAUGCCGAUGUCAUAACCGAAACUAUGCAGACCAAUUAAAUUUUGGUUGUAUGCCGUAAGCAUAAACAGCUGAUUGUUGAUUUGCUGCAUUGUAACACAUAAUGUAAUUGUAUUUGUUAGGGGAAAAACGACCCUUAUUUUCUCAGUAAAUGGCUGUAGUGAUCGAUAUCUCGUAAAGUAUCGAUCAAACAAUUUAAAGCUUAUGCUCGUUGGCAAGGUGACAUUUCACGCAAAAAAAUUUGUUUGCUGUUUUUUGUUUACUCCAUUCAGUUGUGAAUUACAGGAUGUUAACAAUGGAAGUCAACAAAGAGAAAAUUCGGUAUAUUUUUUUGCAGUUUUUCUUUGAUAAAGGCGAAAAUGCAAGCCAGGCCGCUGAAAUUGUGAAUGGUGUUUAUGGUACCGAUACUGUAACAGCUAAUUCCGUGCAAUUUUGGUUUCGUCGAUUCCGUUCAAGCAUUUUUGAAAUUAAAAAAAAAGGUCUAUAAAGUGGGUAAUGUCGAUUAAAUCACAGAAAUAAUCGAAGUUGACCGGCAUGUUAGUAGCCGUAGCAUCGGCGAGGACCUAAGAACGACCAUAAAACAGUUUUAAACUAUUUGCACAAUUAUUUUACGCAAAAAUAAUGGAUUUCUUUUUCCCCAAACUAAUAUUAAUGAAUAAAAUACAAAUUUCUUCGUCACUGCUCAUAUUGUUAUCGUUUCUUUAGUUUCUGCACUUUCGAAAUGAUCAAAUGAAUGACAAUGUAUGUAAGUAUCGACUGCUGUGGCACCAAUAAUAGACGGCUGUAAAUAUCGUUAUGGUUAAGAUACGGUUGAGAUUAUGGCGUUAUGGUAUGGCACCUCUAUUUCAACCUUUAGAACUAGUUUAACUUUGUUUUCCAGCUAAACCAAACUCAAUUUUUCAAGGUUAUCAGUUUAAAAAUUCACCACACUGACAAACUAGCGCUUGCUUAAUGUCUCGACACAAAAUUUUUUGUGGCUUUCAAUGAACAAUUUCAAUAUAAUUGCCAAUCGCGGCAACAAAUUUAAAGAAGUUGGCAAGUCAUAUUAUGAUGCAAUGAGCUGCCGUUUUGCAUGUUUAACAGUAUUUGGUAUGUUUUGUGACGCUCACAUUGGCAGCAUCCUUCUUUGAAUUCACCCAGAAUCUCAGCGUCGUAUAAAACAACGGGCACAACAUAAGGCCUCUUCCCUUCGCCAAGCGUUAGCUAGUGACGAAUAGAUGAAACAACUGGUAUAAAUGAACAUAGUAUAUUGGCCACACGGGAAUAGAGCUGCCUUAAAUUACAUGUGUUUGUACGACAGUGAGUUAUACCAGUCUUAUGCUCGCUAGCGGAGAAUCUUGUUCGAUAACUUUGUUGUUGCUUUCGCAUGCAAAUUUUUCGUCAAAUUAAUCGAGCAUAGAAAUAGCCAGCGGGGAAAUAGCGAAUAUAAGAGGCCUAUAUGUUACAUAACUUAUAUCUUCAUAUAAUUGGCGCGUACACCCUUUUUGGGUGUUUGGCCGAGCUCCCCCUCCUAUUUGUGGUGUGCGUCUUGAUGUUUUUCCACAAAUGGAGGGACCUACAGUUUUAAAGCCGACUUCGAACGGCAGAUAUUUUUAUGAGGAGCUUUUUCAUGGCAGAAAUACACUCGCAGGUUUGCCAUUGCCUGCCGAGGGGCGACCGCUAUUAGAAAAGUGUUUUUCUUAAUUUUGGUGUUUCACCGAGAUUCGAACCGACGUUCUCUCUGUGAAUUGCGAAUGGCAGACACGCACCAACCCAUUCGGCUACGACGGCCAUAACUUACUCGACGGUAUUUUCAAAAUGGCGAUAACAUAAGAUGCGAAUGCUACGCAAAGUUUGGAAAUAAUUUUCAAUUUCAAUUUUUUUGUUGGUCACUAUUCUUGAAUCAAACAUGCUGACAAAAAAGAAAAAUAAACCAAAAAAUAAAAACGGCAUUAAAAUGUACCACAAAUGGCCCUAUGUUCCAUCUAGGAAACACGGAAAAAUGUAUAUAUUAUGUAUAUAAAAUGCAAAUUGUAUACCUGCAUUAAGAUUUAAAAAGCUUUACUUUUCAAAAUUUGCGAUAGAAGAUUUUUUCAAAAUGCAUUCUCAGCAGCUCCAAUUAAAAAUAAAGUUACCUUGAAACUGGAGUCAAUCUGACAGAACGGGGGGCGAUAAUGAAUUUAGCAAACUCCAACUAAGUAAGGUCAACUAUCUAAACUUUUGCCCAGUUUUUGAAUUUGCACAACGUAAGUUUACACUAGAAUCAAAUACUGUGUUUGCAGGUUUUUAGGUUUGAGAGAAUGGCGAUCUGUUUCCACUGCGUAUUUAUGGAAAUUUCCAUCGUUUUUUUACUUUUUUCACUUUUGAGUAUUUAUUUUAAACUUUAAGCGUCGGUAGCCAAAACAUUGUUGCCAAUUUUACAGAAAUUUUCCAAUACAUUAACGAAUGAGAAGAAAGCCCUUAAAUUAACCAUAUGGCCUUUAGUUAUAGUAAUGUUAAAAUGUAGGCAAACCCAACACAAACCCGCUGCGAAAAAUUCAUUUGAAAUGGAUUUGGGUUAAGAUAUUUGCAUGGGAUUUGUCAAGUGUUUUGGUUGAAGUUUGCGCUUACCGGCAGCAAUCCCAAAAUUAAACUGCGGUGGAAAUGUUAUAAAACUACAAAAUAAUAAUUCAAUUUAUCAUGCCGUCAACAUAUUUUCGUUCUCUCAAAAUCUUUUUAAACCCUCGGGCCGAUAUACAGGUUUAUUCAAUAUAAUCUCUCUCAACUUCCGCACGCGAAUUUCAAUGCUUAUGCAAGUACCCAUCUUUCAUCUGAGAUGCCUAUGGUAUGAGGAAUUUCACACUUUGUCAAACUUGGAUAUUCCCAAAUAAUUUCAUACAAUCGUUCAAUGACUUCUGGUGUUGUUACAGUUUUCGUAACUCCACGGUUCAUUUUCAACGCUGUUACACCACGUUUUAACUCUAAACGAGGCACAGUAGGAAAUGAAGGAACUACAUCCUUUAACACUUGCACUAUAUUUGUUUUGUGAUAAACCAUCUGUUAUUGGUAAAUCAUCCAAAAAGAAGAAUUUUUGAACUACCCGAUAUUACAUUUCCCCCAAUGUAUGAAAUUGGUGGCCGCCGUAGCCGAAUAAGUUGGUGCGUGACUACCAUUCAGAAGACGUAGGUUCGAAACUCCGUAAAACACCAAAAUUAAGAAAAACACUUUUCUAAUAGCGUCGCCCCUCGGCAGGCAAUGGCAAACCUCCGAGUGUAUUUCUGCUAUGAAAAAGCUCCGCAUAAAAAAUAUUUGCCGUUCGGAGUCGGCUUGAAUCUGUAGGUCCCUAAAUUUGUGGAACAACAUUAAGACGCACGUCACAAAUAAGAGGCGGAACUCGGCCUAACACUCAAAAAUGCUGUAAGCGCCAAUUAUAUAUACUUGUAUAUGGAUACGAAAAUUUCAAAUGACUUAUAAACAAAGAAUAAACCGACAGAUCGAAUUAUAGGUUUUUUUUGUGUGUUUUAAUGAAAGGUGAAGUAUUAAAAAGGCGUAUAAAUAAACCUGCAUGUAAAAGUUAGUUUACGUGCUCUUUAAUAUUUGUUUAAAGUCAAGUCAAAUAAAAGAAGGUGACGUGAACAAAGAACAACUGACUUUGCUUAGUUUUGAAAAUAGUUGAAUAAAAGUAUGUAUUUCCAACCUUAGCCGUUUCAUAACUAGCAAAUGUAUCUUCAUCACGCAGUUGAGAAAGAAAAGAGUUGAAGAGCAAUUUAAAGUGAGGAAUAGUUGAUCGGCUCUAUUAGUAAAGUUCCCUUUUUGGUCUGAUAAUAGACGUAUUACAAUGAAUAAUAGUUUGAGUCAAACUAUUCACUAUUAAUUGUUAAAAUAUAUAAGCCGUCAAUGUGUCUAUUCAAAAUUAGCAAAAUCAAUCAAUUCCAAGAGAUUCAUAAAAAUUGGAAAUCUCUAAUUUCACAUUGCCGUGAAUUUUAAGUAAAUAUCUUGGCUUAAACUCUUACGAAACAAAAUAAGCCGAAGAAGUAAAGCCUCUUAACCAAUUAAAGCACAGAAAACUAUAUGUUAUGCUCGCAUUGAAAACCCCUAUUUAUACAAGCAUGCAAUAUUACGGCGCAUAGUUAAGUGCAUUCGUGUAAGAAUGAAAUUAAAAACAAGCAUACGUGCAUACUCAUAUGUAUCUAAAGCUAAACAUAAAAUUAAUGUUCAUAAAUUGCAAUUGCACGCAAAUUAAGACUCUCAGCCACUUCACUGCUACAACGAACUCGAACACUUAUAUACAAGUAUAUACAAUACUUCCACACAAAGGUAUACUAGUAUUGAACUGAAAAUAAAUUCCUCAUAAAAUAAUGCCACUAAAGCAAAAAUAUUUUCUAAAAUUUUUUUUUUACGUAUUUUUUUUAAUAUUUUCAACUGGCUUAUGAGAAGGUAAAAAUGAGAUUAUUCAUUUUUAUAUGUAUUUUGUUCUAACUUUGUAACCUAAGAUAGGUUAGCAAACAUUUACCAGUGACGUAGAAAUUCACGGCUGUCAGAAAUAAAUGAUAUUCGUAUUAUGAUUCACGCCCAGGAUGUUUUUAUCUUCUAAAACCCACUACUUUCGGAAUAGCUAACAUAACUAACUAAAGGAUAAAUGGGAUAGGAGAAACUGGAGGUUUGAUUUGCGAGGUAGCUCGAUGGUGAGCCCACAAAAUUCACUUUUUUCCCAUGCACGGAGGCGUCUAUUUCUAAAAGUUGUCACAAUAAGACUGUUUCUCAGAUCAGUCAGAAAAAUGGGGUGCACAUUUUUUGAAAGCUCCAUCUUGACAACAAAAUAUUGACUUUAAGACUGUAGCACCAUCUGUUCUAAUUUUCUAUAACUUUGCCGUCAAGUACACCUAUAGGGUCAUAUGUUGCCCCUAGAUGUCGGCCCAAAAUUAGUUAUAGUAGAAGGUCCUUUUUAGGUGACGGGAGUUUAAUAUUUAAUUAUAUGUCUGUUUUACCAGGAAAGAUUAAAUAAGGUACAAAAUAUAAAAGUUUAGAACUGAGAAUUUUCUUUCUCGGCAUUGAAAAGGUUCCUUGAAUCAGCAUAACUAUUGCUGGAAGUUCUCUGCUGGUAUUCUCCAACAAUCCAUUCCCACAAUACUAUUGCGAAGAAUUUAUCCUCCAAAUGCCAGUCAACGCCAAUCUAUUUCCAUACAUUCCUCCCAAAAGGGUAUGUUCUUGAGGAAUGUGCAAAUAAGACGGAAAUUCAUACUUAAAUAUUGGAAUCCCAAACUUUUAUACUCAAUUAUUUACUUAAAAUUGUUUUAAACUGUGUUACUAACAUUAGGAAUAGCAUUUAGUAAAAAUGGAGUAAAAGUAAAAUUUGUAGGAAGAACAUUUCGUUUUCAAAACGUACAACGUGUUAAUGAGCAAGAACUUGCUCAUGGAUUUGUAUUGAUAUGUCCAAACCCAGUAUGAGAUGGAAAACAUCCUAAAAUUCCGCCUAAAACAGAAUAUCAUAGAGCACUUUUUGCGACACUGCGCGCGAAUGGUGGACUUUUUGACAAUACGAGCCCGAAGCAAUUGAAAUAUAGGUUGCGGAAGUAUUACCAGAUGGUUUUAAACCGAAGUAGGUUGUUUUAAAAAUGCAUAAGUUACCAAAAAGAGUUAACUUAGUAAUACGUGAUUAAUCACUGCUCGCAAUACCCGUGGCAACAUGCAAAUUGAUGAAGCUGAAUAGCUUCGACUAAGUGGCACAUCAUGGAGAAUUUAAUAAACUUCUUUUCUGAUGAUGAGGAGAUUUUAAAAGAACUCAUUCUGGAAAAGCUGGGAUUGACGUAAAAUGUUUCUAAUGAGCCUAUCUUCAUAUAGGUGGAUGAAGUGUCCAGAAGAGGCCUAAUAAACACAGCACCAGCUUUCUGGGUACUGCAAAAAAUUAGAAUACUAGGAAAGUUUUCAUCUUGCAACUAUUCGGCACUGCGACAACUACUUGGAAAACCUUAAAACAAGCUCUUUGAAUAUAAUAAUAAUUAAUUUAAAUAAGUACAGGUAGUUUAGCAAAUACAUAUAUACAUUUUCGACAUUCGUUCAUAAAUCUCUUUUGCUUUUAAACAUUGGAGAAAUAAAAAUUCCAUCACUGUAGGAGACUUAUUUUUUCCAUUGUAGAAAAUAUUGUGACACGUCGAUACUAAAUGGCUUGUAAACAAAAACUUAAUUGACAUAUUGACAUGAAACUUCACACACUUUCAUAUGAAGAGUGUACCAACAUAACAAAAAACAUGUAGGCUUGUAACAGUGCCCGCAGAGCCUUUGGUAAAACCUGAGGUCUGAAAUCUGCUUUGGUCCUAUGGAUAUACGCAGCACUUAUCAGACCAAUCAUCAAUUACGCCUCUGUGGUCUGGUAGCGACGGCCUAUGGUUAAGUCCACGCUCCGGGAACUAUACAGGCUGCAAAGAAGUGUACGUUUAUACCUUACGAGUGCCAUGAGUACAACCUACGGGGAUGCUUUAAAUGCUAUGCUUGAUUUGCUCCCCUUGAAUCUAAAGAUACAACCGGAAGCAAUAAAAGCAAUGUGUAGACUCCAUAAAUAUGGUUUCUGGAAAAAUUGUGACUUGGAGGUCGAAACUCCACGCUUCUUCUAUGAAAGAAUUCAUAUUUGCUUAGACAAUAUGAUAGCUUCAUAAUGGCGAAAAUUGACAACUUCGCGAUCUGUUUUAAAUUUAAAAAUUAGUUCACAAAAUUUAAUCCUUUUAAAUUUUUUGUUUUCACUUGUCUUUUUCUGCCGAUAACUUCUUUUUUUACCAUACCAUUUUUUAAGCCAUUUAAGAAAAAAAAAACAACUUUCCUACCAUUUUAACUAAAAGGGAUUUAAUAUUUUCCACUUUCUUUACCCUUCUUAAGGAUCAAAGCUUCAAUGUUACAAGUGAGCACACCUUAAAUUGAACCAUGGGGAAGGAGUAUUGCGCGUGUGUGUGUUAUUUUUUUUCAAUUCGCAAAUGAAGUAAAAAAAUUGCAUUUUCGAAAAAAUUUAAAUAUUAAAAACACAAAUAAACUAAUUAAAAAUAUUUUAAUAUUUAAAAAAUAUAUUUUGCACCAACCUUCUUUUUCUUAUUAAAUGACCUCAAUAUUCUCACUAAUAUUUCACAUGUGAAAUAAGUACUAAAAAGCAAAAAUUUAAUAUUUUUUUUAAUUCUAGCAUUUUCUACCAAAUUUUAAAAAUACCAAAUCAAAAAAUACCAUUAUUUAUACGGAGAUAUAAUAAUUAAAAAAACACCUCCAAACCAAGCGUUAUAGACUGCAUCGCAAUGUUAAAUUUUUCAAUUAAACUUUGAUAUAUUGUAUUAAAAAACAACUUAUACAUAUUUCAACUAAGAAUUUCUAACAUCAAAACUAACCGAAUCGUUACUAUUGUAUAUUACAAAAACCCGAAAAACCAGCCAUCAAGCAGUGAUUUUUUUUUUGUGUGCUGAAAUGUAUGAAGACGAGUUGUUUGCUAACAAAAUAUUAAACUAUGGAACACAAUUUAUGUAUGUUUGCACGUGUACGUGGAAUAAGUAAAACAAGAUUGCUAAUUAUUUUAUUUAGCUGAGAAGAAACAGAAUUUUAUGCUAACUAAUUUUACAGAUAAUCGCCGCAAAUUCUAAGCGUUGAAAAUCAAGCAAGCAAAUGUAAUAAAGGAUACAACGGUUAUGUAUGAGAAAUGCUCUAUUUUAAGUAUAUUUUUUAACAAAAUAAAUUACCAAAAAAAAAGCGAAAUUAAAAUAAAUAAUAGAAUAAUCUA